AUGCUUGGGUUGUUCAUUGGCUUGGCAUUUCUGACGCUAUGCUCGACUUACAAAAUUGUUAUCUUUGCUCCUGAUAUCUCAAAUAGCCAGGUGGGAUGGAACAAGCGAGUGUCAGAAGAGUUGGCACGAGCCGGUCACGACGUCACUGUGGUGUUGGUGAAGACAAUGGAAGGUGCAGAACAAGAUGUGCAGUUUUCAAAGAAUGUAAAAGUACAUCCGCUGAACGUGUCCACUGGCCUCACCAGGGCGGAAAUGGAGGAAUUCCAGAGAGCAACAGUUUUUGGGGAAAUUUCAAUAUUGAAUCCUGCAGCUCGAAGACACUUGGAUCAGUUUAUUGGAAUGCUCAUUGACGGCUGCAGAUUGACAGUACAAAACAAGAAAUUUAUGCAGUGGCUGAGUGAUGAGAAGUUCGACGUCGCUUUUGCACAUACGUAUCACAGCUGCCCGAUUGGGCUCAUUCAUGCUGCUAAGAUACCCUCAUGGGUGUGGCUGAACAGUGGUCAACUUAUGGAUUUUGUGGCUCGUACUGUUGGCGUGCCCACAUACGCUAGUUACGUAAGUCCAAUGAUGAUGGACAGCGCUGACGAGAUGAACUUUUACGAACGAACGAAGAGCCUCAUCGGUCAUAUAAUCUCAAGCUUUAUGUGGCCUUGGAAGAUAACAAAUAAGGAGACAAAAAUAUUCAGGGAAUACUGGGAUCCGAAUUUUCCGGAUAUUUUGGACUUGGCAAAAAAAUGCCCUUUGGUUAUGGUCAACUCAAAUGAGCUUUAUCAAUUUCCAAGACCGACGUUGGCGAAGGUUGUGAACAUUGGAGGAUUAGGUGUCGAGUUCAAAGAUGCGAAACCACUAAAGGACGAUUUCAAAAGAAUUGCUGACCUUGGGAAAGGAAUGAUAGUCAUGUCUUUUGGAUCUGUAGCCCAUGCAGAACAUAUGCCUGCGCAUUGGAAGACGGCCAUGUUAACUGCUUUUACCAAGUUUCCCGACUAUGAGUUCUUAGUGAGAUAUGCGAGUGAUGACUUGAAUGAUCGCGUUCCUCCCAAUGUUCAUCUUCACCGAUGGCUACCGCAAGCGGACCUGCUACUUCACCCAAAUACGAAAGCUUUCAUUACUCAUGGAGGGUACAAUAGUGUUCAGGAAUCCAUCAGUUCCGGAGUUCCACUGAUCACCAUAGCUCUAUUCGGCGAUCAAUAUAAGAAUGCGAGAAUAGCAGAGAAGCACGGAUUUGCGUUCAACCUUAGAAAGGGACAAGUAGACGAAGCAUCAAUCGUGGCGGCCCUUAAUGAAGUGCUCACCAAUGAAAAAUACUCUCAAAACGCCAAGCGACUCUCACUGAUGGUAAGGAAAAAGCCAGUCAGUCCUGGCCAGCUGCUUGUGAAGUGGACCGAAUUCCUAGCAGAGUUUCAAACACUAGAUAACCUUACUCCAGCCGGAAACAAUCUUAACUUUUUCCAGUAUUUCUCAUUAGAUGUGAUAGCAGUCCGCAGGUGUAUGCGUGUAGUUAGAAAAGAGAAAAAAGAAUGA